AUGAUUUCCUCUCGUAUGGUCCGUCCGUUGGGCCUAUCACGAAGACUGUAUGGAUCUGUCUCAGAGGUUUAUAGACCUGCUACCAAUUCCUCAUACAAGAACAAUGUCUAUUCGAUUCCAGAAAACAAAGCCGACUUUGGAAACUACCAAAGGACCUCUUUCCAACACAAAAUCACCAACGAAGAGGCUGCGAGAUCAUCGGUGCUAAUCGCUUUACACGCAAGAUUAGGACUCAGUGACAAGUUUGAAUAUUCUACCUUAGCUAGAGGGCUCACAUGUAGAUCCAACACGAACAAAGAGAAUGGAUUGGCUGACAACUUUGGUCUUUCCCUGUUUGGUAAGAAUCUUUUAACUUACUAUGCUACAGAGUAUUUGAUUGUAAAGUAUCCAAGACUGCCACUAUCGAUUUUGAAUGCAGCAGUGGAUUCUUAUAUUGGCAAGUACGCAUUAUUGGAUCUCGGUAAGAAUAUUUGGGGUAUCGAGGAAGACACUAAAAGUGAUCUUACCAAGUACUUGAAUAAUGAGCCUAAAGAAUAUGCAUUUGGUAAACUAAGAUAUGAUAGUUCCGUUGAAGAAAAGGAAGACGGAAUUGUUGCCAUAUCAAAGGAGUCUGCUUUGAAGAUGGACAAAGCUUCCGCUUAUGCCUCCGCUGUUAGAUCCAUCAUUGCUGGAAUUUAUGCUCAUGAUGGCGAAUCAGAAACAAAGAAAUUUAUUAACAGUCAUAUACUUUCAAGAAAGCUCGAUAUAGCCUCCAUGUUCGAGUUUACCCAACCUAUCAGACAGUUGAGUAGAUUGUUGCAAAGAGAGAAUCUACCCGCACCAACAUCCAGACUCAUUGCCGAAAACGGUAGAUUAUCAAGUAACCCAAUAUUCAUAGUGGGAAUCUUCUCUGGCAAUGAUAAGCUAGGUGAAGGUCAGGGUCCUUCCAUUCUCAAAGCGAAGACUGACGCUUGUAUCAACUCUUUGAAACAGUACUACCUUUACUCACCGUUGGAAGCUGUGGUCCCAAGUGUGGAGAACAACUUCAAACCUGCAUUCAUAGACAAAGGUGGUGAAGCUUUUGUUUAA